AUGGAGCUGGGAAAUCACACCAAGGUGAAAGAAUUUGUUUUUGUGGGCCUAACCCAGUCUCCAGGGCUGAGCAUCAUCUUGUUUCUUUUAUUGUACCUGGUGUAUGUAACAACGCUACUGGGAAAUCUCCUUAUCAUGCUCACUGUGACCUGUGAGUCUCGUCUCCACAUGCCUAUGUACUUCCUGCUCCGAAAUCUAUCUGUUGUGGAAAUCUGCUUCUCUUCCAUCACUACUCCAAAGGUUUUGCUGGACCUUCUGACUGAAAGAAAGACCAUCUCUUUCAAUGGCUGCAUGACACAGAUAUUUUUCUUCCACUUUCUUGGUGGGAUUGAUAUCUUUACUCUCUCUGUGAUGGCUUUUGAUCGCUAUUUGGCCAUCUCAAAGCCCCUUCACUAUGUGACUCUCAUGAGUAAAGGAAGAUGCCUUGGCCUCUUGGCAGCCUCCUGGGUGGGGGGCUUCAUACACUCUAUUGUACAAAUCUCUCUGUUGCUGCCACUCCCCUUCACUGGGCCUAAUAUCAUUGAUAGUUUCUACUGUGAUGUCCCCCAAGUCCUCAAACUUGCCAGCACUGAUACCUCUGUUAUAGAGCUCCUAAUGAUCUCCAAUAAUGGUCUAGUCACCACAUUUUGGUUCUUUCUACUCAUUGUGUCCUACACAGGCAUCAUGGUGAUGUUGAGGUCUCAUACAGGAGAGGGCAGAAGGAAAGCCGUCUCUACCUGUUCCUCUCACAUCACUGUGGUCACCCUGCAUUUUGUGCCUUGCAUCUAUGUGUAUGCUAGGCCAUUCACUGCCCUUCCCUCUGACAAAGCCAUCUCUGUCAUUUUCAUCGUAAUUUCCCCUCUCUUGAACCCUAUGAUUUACACUUUGAGAAACCAAGAGAUGAAGUCAGCCAUGAAAAGAUUACAGAGACGGCUUGUGUCUUCUGAAAGGUAA